GUGUUUGUGGGUAUUACUUUCAAAAUAUUGACGUUGUCAUGCUUGAACAGAAUUUAACCUUUAAGUUAACUUGAGGAAAAACGUGAUAAUGCUUUGAAUAUUUUGAUUACUACUUAUGGUUUUCAUUUUUUUUGUGUAAUUUUCAGCGGGAUGCUGAGUAAUUAUCUAACAUCCAUUCCUUGUACAAAAUUUGUUUUAAUAGAAGAUACUGUACAUGAAAAAGGCAAACCUAUUUUUGAUUUUCUCCUAAAAAGUCACUUGGAACGACCAAAUAACAGGAUACAUUAUUUUGUUUUUCAAGAACCGUUUGUAAGAGUUAAAAACCGGAUGGAGAAUGAAAAUUUAGUGCUACAUGAUUUUGUUAGUAACAAUUUAGGAUGGGACCAAUUGCCUGAAAUGUGUUUUUUGGAGGACAUGAUUAAGGAUGUAGGAGUUGAUGAUGUUAUUUUCAUUGAUUCUCUAGCACAUACUAUAUAUGAAUACGGUCUAGCAGAAACAUACAGGAUUUUGAACCUACUUAAAAACAAUGCAGGUGUUCAGCAAAUCAUAGCUUUGCUGCAUCAAGACUUAUUGGAAGAAAAAUUCAAAAUUCUGCAAUCAUUUGAGCAUUUAAGCACUCUUAAUUUAAUCUUGCAAGACAGAAGUGGGUCAUCAAAAAAAAGAAUUCAAUAUACAUAUAAAAAAGUUGGUGGAAAAGUUAUUAAAGAGACCGAGGAAUUUUGGUUUGAAGGAGAAAAACUGAUAACAAAGAAAAUUGAAAAACUUGAUGCAAAACAAAUUCUGGAAAAAUCUGUAUCUUCAGAAAUUAAUCCUGAAAAACUAUCUACAUUUAAAAUUGGACUUAGUGAUGCAGAUAAAAAAUCCAGAGAUGAACUAGUUUUGCCGUAUUUACCAAAACACGAAUCUGAAGAGAACCAACAAUCGGGAAAUAUAUUCUACAAAUUUGACGAUGUAGACGACUGGGAUGAGGAAGACCCCGACGAUGACUUGGAUAUUUAACAAAAUGAAUCUAGAUCAAGUACAAUACUGGUGCAACAAUGUGUUCAUUUUAAUGAAUAUAAGCUUUAUUUUUAACAAAUUUUGCAUGUUGAAAGCUUUUAAAAUUUAUUUCAAAGUUUGUUAAAUUAGAAUAAGGGUAGUUGGUGGCAAUUGCAAUAGGUUGGAUUAUGAUCCUAAUAUUUUUGAACAGUUUUAAACAAAUACGUGAUUGCAUUCUCGUAGCCUAUUGUAUGUUAGUCAUUGAUAUUAUAACACCAAUGGAUCGAUUUUCUAACGUUCACUUGCUUGUUAAAAAAGGAAGCCUAAAUAUAGAACUAGUCUUGUUCCAGAUUUUACAUAGUAAUUUUUUUAUGAAUCAACAAGUGGUAUUUAGUCGAUAUCAAAAAUAAGUGACAAAGGUGAAAACAUAGUACUGUGUACUGAUUUCAAGAAGUCUAUAAUUAGAUAAAAUAAUGUGCAAAUAUAAAUUCUAUAAGUUGAUGAAUAUAUGUAGUUUUAAUCUGGGUAAUGUACAAAUAUUGGUUAUUGAUCGAUUUUGUUCAUUUUUGUCUAAUAAAAUUAACAAUUUAGUUCUGAACAAUUGUUGAAAAUGUAA